CAUAUAUCGGCAUACCAGUAAUCAAAAAGCCAAGGAAACCAAAUCGAGGAAGUUUAUUAAACUAAGACAAACCACAAGGCCUGGAGAAGUAAAGUAAUGCGAAGCAGAUCUUUCACAGUAUGCAGCUUCGACUGUCAACGUCCUUCAGUUUUCUGAAUACCUGAAGGUCAAGGGAAAAGCUCAUAAUACAUUAGCAUCUUAUUAUUCAAAUGAAGACAAUACAGGGCGCGAACAUGGCUUACUUCCCUUCAGAAAGAUGAAACUCUCUUCAAUUAUCAACAAACAGCAGUCCGACAGCCGACUUGCAGCAAAACUUAGAGAGAAAUUUGGGAAGGAUUCUGAACUUGUGGUGGGUGAUUGGUCUGCUGCCAACAGCAAGUUCCACGAACCGAUCAGAGGCAAGGACAUGCGAAGGAUGUUGAAAAAGCAUAGUUUUUUAGUAUAUCUGAUUGAUGAAUACAGUACUUCUUCCUUUUGUCUCAAUUGCAACGAUGGAAAACUGGGAAAGUUAUUGCAAAUACUUAAAUCACGGCCAUUCAGAAGAACCACUAGACCAAAAGUCAUAUGUCAUGAACUCUUAAGAUGUACAAAUAAAAAAUGCUUGGAGUCCAACAGACAAUGGUGGAAUAGAGACUUGGUGGCAGUGCUAAAUUUUAGGGAUGUCAUGAACAGCCACAGACAAGCACUUGGCCGUCCUUCCAGGUUUUCAAGACAUAUCUUGAAACGUCCUUCUACAAGCAAUGAUGACUCAUCGAAAAAGUAAAUCCGCUUUAUGCCAUUCUAAUAAUGGCAAUAUUUUUGCCUAAAGAGAUGGGUAUUGAUAGAGUAAACCAUGAUACAGAUAAAAUUAUAUUCAACGCUCUUUUUUCCAUCUGAAAAAUCAUGAACCUUUUGUCCGAAACUCCUUUUUUGUUUGUCCGAAAAAAUACUAACAUUGUCUGAGUUUAAAGUGUGAAAGCUGUAGACUUGGAUAGUGGCUAUUGAUGAACUUCGUAUAUCAAGGAUAAUAUGGAUACACAUAUUUACAAUGACUCGAGCUGAAUCGACACACCUUUAUUUCUAUUGAAAUUAUGAAGAGUAUCCGUCUAUACAAAAAUGAAU